GAUUUAUGUUUGAAUGUAUUUUCCUUGUUGUUUAUUUCAGACAUCAAUGAAGAACAAGAAUUAAUUGCCCAUCAGCAGCAGUUACCUGCCCUUGUCAUAGAGAACCUUGGCAUGGAGCCAAACAAUAUGAGAGUUCUCUCCCCUGUACAGCUGAUAGAGUUAUACAUCUCAGGAACAAACAUUGAUGCCACGGAAUGUGAUUUCAAGAAAGCUCUGGAUCUCUUACAAUACAUAGACAAGACUGACCCAUCAAUAGACUUUGAAAGUCUGAGGAUGCACAUCUGGGCCAAGUCUAUUCUUAGAGACAGCUGGCAACAAGAUGAUUCAGUGGAUGUUAUGGAGACCAUCAUGAAUACUGUGUUCUUCAAAACAGUGGACCUGGCUUACAAAGAAGGAAUGGAUGUGAAGACAUUUAUGCCAGAAUUGAGGGCAGUGUUAAAUUGUGAUGAACUUGGAGAACUUAAAGAUAAUGCUGAAUUUCAGUACUUGAAACAAGCUGGUUAUGAACAUAUUGGACAAGUGUUAUGAUUUAUAUGAACAUAUUGGACAAGUGUUAUGAUUUAUAUGAACAUAUUGGACAAGUGUUAUGAUUUAUAUGAACAUAUUGGACAAGUGUUAUGA